AUGCGUUCCUCCAUUGUUGCUCUGUCGGCUCUUGCCACUGCUGUGCUCGGCGCUAACUCGACCUACUCUUACACCUUCCCCGCUGGUUGGGAUAUCGCCCAAGUUGAGAAGGGCGAAUUGAGCUCCUGGUGUUCUGCUCAGCGUAACACCUGCCCUGAUCUGUGCAAGGGCACCAAGCUCAACUCGUGUGACCCCGCUACUCUGAAGUUCAGCUGUGUCUGCAGCGACGACUCCACCCCCGAUGUGUCGGAGUACAUCCAGACUGUUCCCUUCUACGUCUGCCAGGAUGCCUACGGCCAGUGCAUCAGAUCGCACCCCGAUGACGCCGAGGGCCAGCGCGCUUGCAAGAAGGCCAUGAACUGUGGUAGCAAGAACGCCAGCGCUAGCAGCACCACUUCUUCUUCUGCGUCCUCCAGCGCUUCUACCACCCUGUCCGUCUCGACCACGACUGACUCUUCCGCCUCCGCCACCUCCUCCGUGGCGGCCGCCAGUGCCACCACCUCCAACGCUGCCGCGGCGCUUGGUGAUAUGACCCAGUACUCCACUGGUCUCAUGGCUGGCCUCAUGUUUGUGGCUGCUCGCAUGACUCCACCAAGAACUUCACGAGUCUCUCCUCCUCUCCUUUACACCACAACUACCGCAAUCAUGCCCGCUCCCUCCAACACCCUUCUGAUCGAGGGUUCUUUCUCCGAGCUCGCCGACGAGUUCGCCCAGUACAUCGACGCUCUCCGCAAAGAGGGCAGCCUCCAAUCCGAGAUCGCCCCGCUCCUCGAGCCUCUCCGCCAGCAGGAACAGUCUGAGGGCGAAGCCGACCUCAAGCAGCGCGAUGAGGUCCUGAAGAAGCUGGUCUCUUCCGCUACUGCUCUGAACAGUGCCCCCGAGAAGGAAAUCACAUCCGCCUACAACCUGCUGGUUCACCUUGUUCACCAGUCUUCUGACGCCGAUGUCUUCCUUCCUCGCAUCUGCACUUACCUCGCUAAGCCCAUCACCACCUCCCCUCAGUUCGGCCCUACUCUCGCCAUUUCCAUCCUCACCACCAUCUUCAACACUCUCUCUUCCAACGACUCCAGCCGUUACCACGUUCUCCUGGCCGUUGUUGCCGUGAUCCGUCAAUCUGGCUCCGGAAUUGCCUUUGAGGCUCUCAAGUCCCAGCUGGCCUCCCAGCUCCCCACAUGGCUCGCAUCCUGGGAUUUGGAGAGCGACGACGCCCGCAAGCUGCACGUUGCUAUCGCCGAGGCUGCCACCGCUGCCGGUGACGAGGAUCUCGCCCAAUCCCACAUCAUUCAAGCCCUGGCCACCAUCGACGCCGCGGACGUAAGCAAGCCUGAAUCCCGCGACCUGGCUGUUCGCGCUCUCGCCACCGCUCUGCGCCGUCCCUCCGUCUUCGACUUCACUCCCCUGACUGCCUCCGACGCCGUCCAGGCUCUCCGCACCAGCGACAGCACUCUCUUCGAGUUGCUCGAGAUCUUCACCUCCGACUCCCUCGAGGCCUACGAGACCUUCAUUGCUGCCACUCCUCUCUCCUCCAUCUCCGGUGGUGUUCUCGCCGAGUCCGCCGAUGCCCUGCAGAGCAAGAUCCGUCUCCUCACCCUCACCUCGCUGGCCUCUGCCACUCCCACUCGCUCGCUCCCCUACGCCACCAUCGCCUCCGCCCUGCGCGUCCCCGCCUCCGAUGUUGAGAUGUGGGUGAUCGACACCAUCCGUGCCGGUCUCGUCGAGGGCAAGCUGUCCCAGCUCAAGUCCGAGUUCCUUGUUCACCGCGCCACCUACCGUGUCUUCGGUGAGAAGCAAUGGUCCGAGGUCCAGGGUCGUCUCAUGGUCUGGCGCCGGUCCCUCGAGAGCGUUCUGAGCGUCAUCCGCUCUGAGCGUGAGCGUUUCGCUCGCGAGGGUGCCCAGGCUGCCAUUGAGCAGGAGGCUAACAAGAGCCGUAACGCCAACGGUGACCGUCGACGGACUCAGGCUCGGGAGGUCGAGGCUGCCGAGUAA